AUGGAGCAGAAUGUGCUGCGACCGAGGGCGGCGAGCCAGUCGCCACUGCUGCCGCUUGUGGCAGCAACAGAGACUCACGCUACCAGUAUUGGUCGCCGUAGCUGGCACCUAUGGCUGCUGAGGCUGUUGCUGCUGUCGGGGGCUCUGUAUGUCGCGUUGUUGGUUUGCUGGAAUGCUAUGGAACAGCUUUCUGCUCGAGAGAUGUCGAUACGGGCAGCUAUGGUAAUCGCUCGAGCUCAGGAGGAAGAGAUGCAGGCAAAGAUGACUCCAUCGGACAAGAACGAAAAGAAGAAGGUGGAUGCUCGCUUGAGAUGUCGUGGGUGGAAGGCAACGGGCGACUGUGAUCCUGAUGGCACGCGACUACCGAAUUUAGAUCUACCCUGCGGCAAACCGGUGCCUGUCGAUCAAUCCGGCUAUUGCGAACUCGAGGACAAGGAUACGGGUGAAGUACUCCAAGUGGCGAAACGUACCUGCAAUAGCGUCCGACAGGAUGCAAAGUUCCGCUGUCUUGACGCUGCCGAAUUCGUCAAGUUCCCAACUAGAGCGAAUGAGGUGGCCAAGAAGGCAUCGAUUCCAGGUUUCUCCCUCCCCCAUGUUGUUCCUCUCGUGGAAGGCGUGAACAAUAAUAUGUCGGGUGGCCAAGAUGGUAUUGUCAUAGUUGUGUAUCCAAGGUUGCUGGCGAGUGCAUACGCCACGGUCCGCGCUCUACGAGAAGUGCUUGGUUGUCGACUUCCCAUCGAGCUUUGGUACCGGCCUGACGAAAUGAAGUCGAUACGGAAAAGUUUGACCCCGUUGGAAAACUUGGCAGCCAUUGUUGGAGGCAUUACAUUCCACAAGAUCAAUGGUGUACGUGCAUUCAGCUACGGGGCGAAAGUCUUCGCCAUCUACCACAGUUUCCUCGAGAGAAUAUUGUUCCUGGACGCUGACAACGUGCCUAUACGAGAUCCGAGCUUCCUUUUCGAGUCUCCUGAAUUCAUCGAGACGGGCGCAGUCUUCUGGCCAGACUUUUGGCAUCCUGGCAAUACCAUCUUCAACAUCCACCGCCAAUCGCUGGUUUGGCAAUUCCUAGGCAUCCCAUUUGCUGAUAUGUUCGAACAGGAGAGCGGCCAACUUCUUAUCGACCGACGGCGCCACACAGUACCCAUGGAAGUGUUGUCUUUCUACGCCUUUCACCGCCCUAAUCUGUUUGACAACUUCAAACAAGCGCACGGCGACAAGGAUCUCUUUCGCUUCGCGUGGAUGCAUCAAAAUGCCUCGUUCCACAUGAUUCAGUCUCCGCCUGCAGUAGCUGGCAAGGUGAUCGACGGCAUCUUUUGUGGGAUGACGAUGGUACAGCACGAUGCUCAGGGAGAAGUGCUGUUCAUGCAUCGAAACUCACGUAAACUUACAGGUAUGCCGAGACAAGAACAGGCGCUUGUUCGGAGCAAAGCAGUAGCACGAGCAAGGGAGAAACUGGCCGCUCGGAAGGCCAAGAAUGGUCGCGGUCGGUUGACCCCCAAAUGGAGCGAGGUGGUGGCGGAGAUUGCAGCGAUGACACCGCACCCAACUCUGAAGAAAACCGAAUCUGACGGAUAUCCUGACGAGGCUAUCUGGACGCACUUACUGUCAUUUAACCGAAGUGCUCCGCGCACAGACUACACGAUCGAAGCAUACAGCGUAGAGCCGCAGUUCAGAGACCAACACUGCUAUGGGCAGAAGCAUAUCGGAUCCAAUCCAAGUUUCAAUGCCCAGGAGAUCGCCAACCUCAGUUUUUCGGGAUUCGAGAUGGAGCUGCGGCGUUUCGCCAUGGAGGCAGCGGAUCAGGCUACUCGAAAUGCACGGACGUGA